AUGAACGACGUUCCUGUCGUCUAUACCAUUUCCCCAUUUCUAAUAUCGGAUUUUGUCCUCGACAUAUGUGGAGGAGGCGAUUAUGAGCGUUCACCUUUGGUCAUCACAACAACACCGACGCCGUGUCAAUACUUCGAAUUGCAAACCAAUGGCAACAUUCUAUGUCAGAAGACUGGGAUGGUCUUAUUUGCUUCCAACGAGGAUGAUCCCACCCGUUAUGAAGUUCUUCAGUGUCGUCCCAAUUUAAGUGCUCGACAGUUGUGGGAUGUUCGUUGGAACAAUCGGAAAGGGUGUACCAUAUGGAGUGUGAAAUAUCCGACUCUUUGUAUGACCAUUGAAGAUGGUCAAUACUCAGAUGACACCUCCAUAGUCCUUCAACCCUAUGACAAGAGUGUCAAUCAGCACUUCAUUCUUACUCAACACAUUAUUUAA